AAUUUGGCUUUAUAGCUAGAUUUCAGAACAGCAGUAAGUAUCAUUGCAUCCUAAUGAUCGGAAUAAGAAGAUUUGUUUGAAUUAUCAGUUUAGUCACACAAGUUGGUGAUGCUCAUGAAAAUUUGAAGUUGCUCUUGUUAAGCUAACAAUUCUUUCACAUCUUUUUUGUGGGGUUUUGUCUCAAAAUCGUUUUAGAUCCAUUAUUCUCGAAGUGGGUUUUAAUCGGAGAUGAAGAAUCCGGCCGGUGAUGUGAUGAUGGAGAUGAAGAAUCCGGCCGGUGAUGUGAUGAUGGAGAUAGAGGCGAGCAAACCGGCUGCAGGGAUGGUAGUGGGGGGUUUGAGUCCUCUGAGUGAGACGCUGUGGAGGGAUAGGACAGCCACUGAGUUUGUAGGAGAUGUAUCUGCGCGGUUAACAUGGAAAGAUCUUACAGUUAUGGUGACUCUCAGCAAUGGACAGACCCAGAAGGUUUUGGAGGAACUCACAGGGUACGCCGAGCCUGGUACUCUCACCGCUCUUAUGGGUCCGUCCGGUUCCGGUAAAUCUACCCUUCUGGAUGCUCUAUCUAGCCGCCUCGCUGCCAAUGCUUUCCUUGCCGGAACCAUUCUUCUUAAUGGCCGGAAAACCAAGCUCUCGUUCGGAACUGCAGCCUAUGUUACUCAAGAUGACAACCUGAUCGGAACUCUGACGGUGAGGGAAACGAUUUCAUACUCUGCUCGACUGCGCCUUCCCGAUAGGAUGCCUUGGUCGGAGAAGCGUGCUCUGGUUGAAGGCACCAUUAUCGAGAUGGGUCUUCAAGAUUGCGCCGAUACCGUUAUCGGAAAUUGGCAUCUCAGAGGGAUCAGUGGAGGAGAAAAGCGGCGAGUUAGUAUUGCUCUCGAAAUUCUGAUGCGACCCAGAUUGCUCUUUCUCGAUGAACCCACAAGCGGCCUAGACAGUGCUUCGGCUUUCUUCGUAACGCAGACACUCCGGGCCCUAUCUAGAGACGGUAGGACUGUCAUUGCCUCCGUUCACCAGCCAAGUAGUGAAGUCUUCGAGCUGUUCGAUCAAUUGUAUUUGCUUUCUGGAGGCAAAACUGCGUACUUCGGCAAGGCUUCGGAAGCAUAUGAGUUCUUUGCACAAGCUGGAUUCCCAUGCCCAGCUUUGCGAAAUCCAUCAGAUCAUUUUCUCCGGUGUAUUAAUGCUGAUUUCGACAAAGUUAAGGCUACUCUAAAAGGGUCCAUGAAACUUCGGUUUGAGGCAAGUGACGAUCCGCUGGAAAAGAUAACCACAUCAGAAGCAAUCCGAACUCUUAUUGCCUUUUACCGGACAUCUCAACAAUGUUAUGCUGCCAAGGAGAAGGUUCAGGAGAUGUCUAAAGUUAAAGGGACCGUUCUUGAUUCUGGAGGCAGUCAAGCUAGUUUCCUGAUCCAAUCGUAUACAUUGACGAAACGCUCCUUUGUUAACAUGUCUAGAGACUUUGGGUAUUAUUGGCUUAGGCUUCUAAUCUAUAUUGUGGUUACCAUCUGCAUUGGAACAAUUUACUUGAAUGUGGGCACCAACUACAGCGCAAUUUUGGCUAGGGGAGCAUGUGCAUCGUUUGUAUUUGGCUUUGUCACAUUCAUGUCUAUUGGAGGGUUUCCUUCCUUUGUAGAAGACAUGAAGGUUUUCCAAAGAGAGAGGCUGAAUGGGCACUAUGGAGUCACUGCUUUUGUCGUAGGAAAUACACUUUCUGCGAUGCCAUUCCUAAUCAUGAUCACCUUCAUCUCUGGAACCAUUUGUUACUUCAUGGUCCGACUUCAUCCUGGCUUCGAACAUUACUUGUUCUUUGUGCUGUGCCUUUAUGCCAGUGUAACCGUUGUUGAGAGCUUGAUGAUGGCCAUAGCUAGUGUUGUCCCCAAUUUCCUCAUGGGCAUCAUCAUUGGAGCUGGAAUUCAGGGAAUAUUCAUGCUUGUUUCUGGGUACUUCAGACUCCCUAAUGACAUCCCAAAACCUGUCUGGCGUUACCCCAUGUCUUACAUUAGCUUCCACUACUGGUCUCUACAGGGGCAAUACCAAAAUGAUCUGAAAGGCUUGUUAUUCGACAACCAAUCACCUUAUCUUCCUAAGAUUUCCGGUGAAUACGUCCUGGAGAACGUAUUCCAAAUCGACGUGCAUCGAUCAAAAUGGAUCGAUCUGAGUGUAAUCUUCAGCAUGAUCAUAAUAUACCGCAUCAUCUUCUUCAUCAUGAUCAAGAUCAAUGAGGAUGUGACCCCCUGGAUUAGAGGUUACAUAGCAAGGAGAAGAAUGCAACAAAGCAAUGGAACUCAGAAUACCACGGUUGCUCCUGUUGCCCUCACCCAGUCUCCUUCUUUGAGGACUUAUGUGGGCAGAAGGUAGGAUGAUAGAUGAAAAAAUUAUUGUUGUAAGUUGUGAGAUUGAACCCAGUCACUCCUGUUUAGGAUUUAAUCUAAUCCAUCUAUCUAUCGUUCUUUUUUUUUCUUUAUUUUUAAUUAGCAUAAUUUGAAAAAUAAAAAAUGAGACUACCA